AUGCCGCCCAGAAAACCGAAAGCGCUGAAGCGAGAGUACACCGAUGAUAAUUCGGACGAUGAUUUCACGCCCGGAGAGGAGCGAGACGACGAGGAGAUCACGAUGAAGAUUACGAAAAAAUCAAAAGCGAGCAAAAAAAUAAAGAAAGAGAGCGACGGUGACGCGAACGAGGGAUCGAUCAAGGCGAAGAACGAACCGAUGAAGCAAGGAUACGAUAUCGCGACCGGGGUGGUGCAGGACGAGGCGUUGCAUGCGAAGUAUAGCGCGAUGACGUUGGAUGAGUUGAAGCAGUACAUGAAGAUAAACAGAAUGCCGCAGAGCGAGAUUGGACAGAAGAACAAGCGCAUCAAUUAUAAGAAGCCGGAUUUCGUCGCGCACUGCGUCGACGGAGAGCUCUGGGGACGGUACCCGAUGUGUCCGAAGUGCGCGCCGAAGAAGGUGACGCUCAGAGUGACGUACAAGGAUGAGCAUCACAAGGGACAGGGGAGAUGGAGAUGCCAGGGGUACUGGGACAAGAACAUUGGGGGCUUGGUGAAGUGCUCGUUCAACUACUCCGACGACGCGAAGAACGAGACCCCGCAGACGAGACUUCCAUGGCGCCAUCCAGGGGACGAGAUCUCCGACGACGAGGAGGAUGACGUGAACGCGGGGAUGGAAAAGCCGGUGGAGUUUCCAGAAGAUCUUGGCACGCUUCCGCCGAUCGACAUGGCAAAGAAGAUGUUGGAGAUUUGCCGCGAGCACAAGCUGACGCUCCCGCAGGCAGAUAAUGACGCCGUGCGAGAGUGCUACACCAAGCUUCAGGCCUCGAUCGAUUACAACGACGAAUAUGAUGUGAAGACGGCGUUCAACCUGCUCAAGGAGUCGUUCCCUCCGCUCACGGCUGAGGAGAAGGCUGGUGGACCGGCGCCGAGGAAUCCGGCCAACGCCGCGCUGUGCGCCGCGCUCGAGGCCAUCUUCGCCGCGGCGAAGACCUCGCCCGAGGACCCGAUGAAGGCGGCUUCCUACCGCAAAGCCGCGAUGAGUAUUCGUGAGAUCGAUUUCGAGGUCACGAACGGGAUCGCAAUCAGCAAGGGUAAGCUCAAAGUACCCAACGUCGGUCCGUCGCUCGGCGCGCAAAUCCAGUUCUGGAUCGAAAACGGUCGCUUCGAGCGUAUGGAGUACUACGAGCGCGGAGAAAUCCCGCCGUCGACGAAGAAAUGA